UUCCGUAAAAGCUUGAAAAGCUUUUCUGAUGUUUGGUUGCUUUUUCCAGGAUAAAAUGUUUUACAAAACACGGGAAAAGGAGAGCUUUUUUAGGGUGCGUUUGUUUACUAGGAAAAUAUUUUACGGAAAAUAUUUUCUUGGUUUUACAGUGUUUGGAAGCCAGAAAAUAUUUUCCAUUUGGAAAAUGAUUUCCAAGACACGGGUAAAUUGACCUUCAAUUUGGGGAAAAUGUCUUACCCUUUUGAAUUCGGUAAGACAUUUUCCGGAAAAAUAAGGCCUUCUUCUCCCUUUUCCCCUUCCCCUCCCCUUCCCCUUCUCCUUGGGUUGCAAAUCAGUGCCAUUGCCAGGUACCCUACCCUCGCCCUAAUUCCUCAAGAGCUGCGCUAUUUCGAAGAAUGACGACGAGAAAGUUUGGUCAAGGACCUUUUCCAGUUCUUCCUCCAUCCAGGUGGUUGAGGCAUUUAAGAUUUUGACUUCUGAUGAUAAAGUGAAAGCCAUUUUGGUGAAUAUAUUUGGGGGAAUAAUGAAAUGUGAUGUGAUUGCAAGUGGGAUCGUCAAUGCUGCCAAACAGGUGGCCCUAAAAGUUCCUGUGGUAGUCCGUCUUGAACGUACCAAUGUUGACCAAGGAAAGCGAAUUUUGAAGGUGGUUGAGGCAUUUAAGAUUUUGACUUCUGAUGAUAAAGUGAAAGCCAUUUUGGUGAAUAUAUUUGGGGGAAUAAUGAAAUGUGAUGUGAUUGCAAGUGGGAUCGUCAAUGCUGCCAAACAGGUGGCCCUAAAAGUUCCUGUGGUAGUCAGUCUUGAACGUACCAAUGUUGACCAAGGAAAGCGAAUUUUGAAGGAAAGUGGAAUGACACUAAUUACAGCAGAAGAUUUGGAUGAUGUUGCAAAGAAAGCAGUAAAGGCUGCCAGCAAAUGAGAAAUUUAAGAUACGAGUCCUUUGUUCUUAUUGUUUCUCAUCUUUCACAGCAUUGAUGAGUUUUUGCUUUAUUUUUCUUUUCAUUAAGGCCAUAGAAUCUUGUUAAUGAUAAAGCAGCAGGGGGUUACUGUCCUGCAAAAUUGAUAUAUUUGCCACAUUUGCUCCGGACAGUUGGCAUAUAAUUCAAAGUUGAUAUAACAUCAUUCUUUGAUUUGAGAAAAUAUAGUUUGGAAAUUUUAUGUUAAAUAUUGCAAGGGUUAUGUGCGUGGGCUGAUGGAAACGAUCACUUUUAAGUUACAACAGUAUUUUUCUUUUCAUCAGGCUCAGUUCCUCUGCCAGGCAAGCAAAUGGAGGUUGAAGGAAGAUGAAGCUAGAAAGUAUUUUCAGCAUCUUAUUAAUGCUGUGGAUUACUUCCAUAACAGGGGUGUUUACCAUCGAGACCUCAAGGAAACCAACAGCAAACCAACAGGCAGACCAGCAUCUAAGCUGAACCAGAGAAGAAGGAGCAUUUUGUUUAUUUUGUUCAUUUGUAACUUGAUUUAGUUCCUUUGUAAUUUAUGUUUAAUGUUAUAGCUGGUAUGUCAGCCACAUUUUGUGUGCAAUUCUAGCUAAGCUUUAGUAAUGUAUUAGUGGGAGCAGUUAUACAUUAGAGAACUGCCAUAUUUCAUUGUAACAUAAAUGCUUCUCAAGUUAAUGAAAAAGAUCUGAUUUUUGGAGAUCAAA